AACAACAACCACUUUGUUGCCUGUCCAAACAUCAGUCGUCUCUGCCUUUUGCACAACCACUCGCACCUCACCUCGCCCAACUUCACGGAAGCCCACACGCGUGACGACGAACGCUCGCUGAAGCUGUAGCAAGCGAAGAGCAGCCAGGAUGCAGAUCAAAGUACGAACCCUCACCGGAAAGGAGAUCGAGCUCGACAUCGAACCAGACUACAAGGUCUCAAGGAUAAAGGAGCGUGUCGAAGAGAAGGAGGGCAUUCCGCCAGCACAGCAGCGCCUGAUUUACGGAGGAAAGCAGAUGGCCGACGACAAAACCGCACAGGACUACCAGCUCGAAGGCGGUGCCACUUUACAUUUGGUACUCGCGCUCCGCGGCGGCUUCUAGCUUUCCCUUGCAGUAUGGAAGGACAACGUUGAAGGGAAUGAGGUUGGAGGGGUGCUAGGAAG